GCUUACAAUUCACCGUUUGGCGAUAGUAGUGCACCAGGCUAUACUUAUCCCGGUCAGGAGCGAAUUCAUGAACAACAAGCUGAAGUAAAUGCAGUGGUUGGAAUAAUGAAAGAAAAUGUCUCUCGAGUGCUCGAACGGGAUCAAAGACUCGCUGACCUUGACCACAGAGCUGAUGAGUUGCAGGUGCAUUCGAGGGAAUUUGAAUCAAUUUCUCGAAAUAUUCAAAGGAAGUACUUCUGGCGUAACAUGAAGAUGUGGUUCAUUAUCGCUGGCGUUGUUGUGGUCCUCAUUAUUGUUAUAAUCAUUUGGGCCACGUCUGGUAGGUCGUAG